AUGGGCGCCGUGCGAAGGGAUCAAGUACGAGACCUGUGGUACCAUGGUUUUGAUGCCUACAUGAACAAUGCGUUUCCAUUUGACGAGCUGCAACCAUUGACCUGCCAUGGUCGAGGGCCCGAUUGGCACGACCCUACCAACAUCGCCAUUAAUGACGUGAACGGAAAUUUCAGUGUCACACUGAUAGACUCUCUUUCCGCUCUUGUUGUGCUGGGCGACCGCGCUAGAUUCUCCGAGAGCGUGCACAACGUACUCCAAUACGUGCCGACGUUCGACAUAGACGCGCGACCGCAAGUGUUUGAGACGACAAUUCGCGUUCUUGGCGGUCUUCUAUCCGCGCAUAUCUUCGCUAUCAGUGAGGAUUAUGGUAUGCGCGUGGACUUGUACAAAGGGGAGCUGUUGGAGCUAGCGGAGGAUUUGGGGAAGAGGCUGUUGCAAGCGUUCAAUACGCCGACCGGAAUGCCGUAUGCUAGGGUCAAUCUGCGCCACGGUGUACCGGCCGGUGAGACGUCCGAGUCGUGCAGCGCUGGCGUCGCUUCCUUGGUCCUAGAGUUUGCAACGUUGAGUCGAUUAACGGACAAGCCGAUUUAUGAGAAGGUGGCUCGCAGAGCGUUCUAUUCUAUUUGGAACAGGCGUUCUGACCUGAACCUUGUUGGAAACUCGAUCAAUGUUAUUAGCGGAGUGUGGGUGUCACCACUGAUGAGCGGUAUUGGAGCCGGCAUUGAUUCUUUCUAUGAGUACGCGUUGAAGUCGUACAUACUUCUGGGAGAGCCGGACUUUCUCGACGUGUGGCAUGAGAGCUACGCCGCGGUGAUGAAGCAUAUUCGGGGAAGAGAGGGAUUUUGGUUUCGUAAUACUUGGAUGGAUUCUGGACUUCUUGCAUCUGUAUAUGUUGACUCACUCUCUGCAUUCUGGCCUGGUCUUCAAGUCCUGGGCGGUGACAUUCAAAACGCAAUCAAAUCGCAUCUAGUUUAUUGGAAUCUUUGGAGGAGAUAUUCUGCAAUGCCAGAACGGUUCAACAUUAUCAACAAGGAAAUAGAAAUUAAAGGCUACCCGCUGCGGCCAGAGUUCGUGGAAUCGACCUACUUCUUAUAUCGUGCAACAAAAGACCCCUUCUACCUGGACGUGGGUGCGAGGGUCUUGAGCGACCUGCAGCGUCGAACCUCCGUCAAAUGUGGAAUAGCCUGUCUUCAGAAUGUCGAGACGGGCCAGUUAUCAGACCGGAUGGAAUCAUUUGUAUUAUCUGAAACACUCAAGUAUCUAUACCUGCUAUUCGACGAAAGCCAUCCGUUUCAUGUCAAGAACACGCCUUUUGUGUUCACCACAGAGGGCCAUCCCCUCAUCCUCCCCGAACAAAAGGUGCGAUCCCCAGCAGGAAGGCGCCAUCAACGGCAAGCGGAGAAGCUCUCCUGCCCUGUCUAUCUCCCCCCGCUGGUCGGUAUAAGAGAAGACGACCACUGGAGUCCGGGCAUUGUGGGCAGCGUGCGGGACAGGGUGGACGUCGAGAUCGCACGACAUCUUGUCGGUGGCCCGGAGACAGGGCAGGAAUGGUGGGACGCAGAAGGAUGGUGCGAGCUCACCCAAGUCGAGGAAUACGCUUUCGACUUUAUCCUCUCUACGGAUGGGAAGCCUUACCCUGAGGACAUGUCCCCUGGGCCUAAGAAACUCAAGAAGGUCAAAGACGGGUUCAUCAUUAACGACCUGACGGGUAUCCGGGCGCAUAUUGUGCGCCGGCUAGAUGACAGGGGAUACGAUAUGACGAAGCUCGGGCCGCAUCGCGUGCUAACAGGCCAAAAAGUAUACAUAAACGACUCGCGUAUCCUGCGCAACCCCGCGCCAGUACCGGCAGACACGGCCAAGCUCUCCCUCAUCUGGCAUCCCGCGGACCCCGAACUCUCCAGGGCGCAAUGGACAGCAGACGGGUGGACAGCGUCCUUCGGUCCUUUGCCUGUCCGCUUCCCAGAGCCGGCGAGGCUCGUCAUCCCCGCUUCUCCCCCGUCAGGGUUCGGCUGUGUCCCUUUACCUGAAAUCGCCGACCCCGUCCCGCCGCUAAUAUGGCUCGUCCAGCGGGGAGAGUGUAACUUCCUCGACAAGCUCUCUUCGGCAAAAGCGAGCGGCGCGCGGGGCGUAAUCGUCCUGAGCAGCGAAGUCGAGCGUAUCACGCCCAGUCUGGGGCAAGGGGAAGCCUGGGAAUGGCAAGAGGGGGAUACGUGGCUCAUCAUACUCGGCCGGAGCGCGAGCGCGGGGAUCUUGGAACGGCUGGCAAAGUCUGGCCAAGGGGGGCAGAUGUGGGUGAACGUUGAUGUUGAGAGCCGGGAAGAGGGUGCAGGGGAGGGGAAGUACCUGUUCGUGGAUGGGAAACCGCUGGUUAAUACGGUGCUUAUGGACUAG